GAACCUUUUACCGACAGAACUCAAAUGUCGACACUGCAACCACCCACUUAUGUGCCCUAUAAAAAUCAACACCAGCGCGGCUUUGAAUUUUGCUUCUACGCUUAUUCUCUUUGCUUCAAUUCCUUCUCCAAUAAUAGUACCACAAUUGCAUCGAAAUUGAACAAUUAAGCACCACAACCAUGGAAGAUGAUCACCACCAUGAACAAGUCCCUCUGAAACAAGCUGCACCUCAUCUCUUUGCUUUACCAGUUGAUGAAGAUGGAAAAGCCACAGAAUUCAGACCAUUCUCAAUGGCAUCACCACACAUGCGAGCCUUCCACCUCGCAUGGUUCUCCUUAUUCGCCUGCUUCUUCUCCACCUUCUCCAUCCCUCCACUCAUCGCCGUCAUCCGCAGCGACCUCCACCUCACCGAAACAGACACCUCACGCGCCGCCAUCGCCGCCUUCGUCGGCUCCAUCUUCUCCCGCAUUGCCAUGGGUCCUGUCUGCGACCACCUUGGCCCACGCGUCGCCUCUGCCUCCCUCUCUCUCCUCACCGCCCCCAUUAUCCUGGCCACCGGCUUUGUCUCCUCCCCAAACGCCUUCAUCGCCGUCCGCUUCCUCGUCGGCUUCUCCCUUGCCAACUUCGUCGCCAACCAGUUCUGGAUGAGCUGCAUGUUCUCUGGCUGCGUCGUCGGCCUCGCUAACGGCGUCUCCGCAGGCUGGGCCAACAUGGGCUCCGGCGCCACCCAGCUCGUCAUGCCACUCAUCUACUCCUUCAUCAUGUCAGCAUUCAACUUGCCAUCCUCCACUGCCUGGCGGCUGGCUUUCAUAGUCCCAGCCGUGCUCCAAGCCAGCACGGCGAUACUAGUCCUGACCUACGGCCAAGACCUACCUUAUGGGAGCUACAAAUGCCGUAGUUCCCAGAAGGUCUCGAAAGACAGCUUUCUCGAGGUGUUCUUCCACGGGAUUAGAAACUACAGAGGUUGGAUUUUGGCCUUGAUCUACGGGUUUUGCUUCGGUGUGGAGCUGACCACUGACAACAUCAUUGCUCAGUACUUCUACGACCGGUUCGGUGUGAACAUUCAGGUGGCCGGAACUAUAGCUUCCAGCUUCGGACUGGCUAACUUCUUUUCGAGGCCAAGCGGGGGCUUGAUUUCCGACUUGUUGGGGAGGAGAUUCGGGAUGAGAGGAAGGCUGUGGGGGUUGUGGGUGACGCAGACGGUGGCGGGUUUGCUGUGCUUGUUACUCGGCCGAGUGGACUCGCUCUGGGGCUCCAUACUUGUCAUGUGUGUGUUCUCUCUCUUUGUUCAGGCUGCCGCGGGUCUCACGUUUGGUGUGGUUCCAUUUGUCUCCAAAAGGUCACUAGGAGUGAUUUCAGGGAUAACAGGCGGAGGAGGAACUAUGGGGGCGGUCAUAACCCAGCUCUUAUUGUUUUCAGGCUCUAAAUACUCGAAGCAAACAAGCAUUUCUCUCAUGGGAAUUAUGAUGAUUGUAUGUACUCUCCCACUUUCACUCAUCUAUUUCCCUGAAUGGGGUGGAAUGCUUUGCGGCCCUGCCCAUAAUUGUGAUCUUGAUAAAGAAGCUGCCGACCAGUAUCGCUUGAUCGAAUAGAUCGAAUUAUAACAAACAACCAGUAUCGCUUGAUC